AUGGCUAUCGCUCUGGCAGAAGCAGACAAAUAUGAGCUCCUUGAGCGAAUAGGAAGUGGUUCUUUUGGUGUGAUUCGGAAGGUUAGGAGAAAGGCAGAUGGAUUCAUUCUCUGCCGAAAGGAGAUUAACUAUCUCAAGAUGUCCCAUAAGGAGCGUGAACAGCUCACCACUGAGUUCAACGUCCUGAGUUCACUCCGACACCCCAACAUCGUGGCAUACUACCACCGCGAACACCUCAAGGCGACACAGGACCUAUACCUAUACAUGGAAUACUGCGGGGGUGGAGAUCUUAGCCGUGUGAUUAAGAACCAUAAGCUGGCCGGUACCUUUGCUGAGGAGGAAUACGUCUGGCGUGUGUUCUCCCAGCUGGCAACCGCUCUGUACCGUUGCCAUUAUGGAGUUGAUCCCCCUGAAGCUGGUUCCAAUGUGCUUGGGCCAACACCAAAAUCGUCAGGGCUCAAAGGAAAACAGGCCCAGGUCAUGAUCCUUCACCGAGACCUCAAGCCAGAAAACAUCUUUUUGGGAGAGGAUAAAUCUGUCAAGCUGGGCGACUUUGGCCUGUCCAAGCAAAUGGGGUCUCAUGACUUUGCUUCGACGUACGUGGGAACACCGUUUUACAUGUCUCCCGAGAUCUCCGCAGGCGAGAGAUACACCUUAUACUCGGACAUCUGGUCCGUUGGCUGCAUUAUGUACGAACUAUGCAAGAAAGAGCCACCAUUUAACGCCCGUACGCAUGUUCAGCUAGUUCAGAAAAUCCGUGAUGGGAAAUUUGCGCCUCUGCCAGACGUCUAUUCCAGCGAGCUGAGAAGCGUCAUUGCCAGCUGUCUGAGGGUUAACCCUGACCACCGUCCAGAUACAGCGGCCUUGCUCAAACUGCCCGUGAUACGCCUGAUGAGAAAGGAACAGGAGGUAGUUGAGAUAAGCAAAUCUCUCACAAGCAAAGAGGAGGCUGCUGCACAGAAGCUGAAGGACUUAGAAUUACGUUACGCAAAAAUGGAGAAGGAAAAGGCAGCCAUGAAAGCAGCUAUUGAAAGCUCUGUCCGUCGAGAGUGGGAGGUCAAGGCGAGACUGGAGAUCGACCGUCAAGUGCAGAUGGAACUUGAGAAGCUUCGUAGGACUUUUGAAGUGGAGGUUGAGCAACGAGUUGCUUCUGAAAUGCAAAAGUACAAGGAAGAAAUGGCACAGAAGCAUAACGUGGACCUCUCCCAGCUCGACUCAGCUCAUCAUUCUUCCAUGGGAUCAAGUGAUGAUACUGAUUUCCCUUCGUCCACCGAUUUGAGCGAGCUGUCGCUUGACCCUCCUACCCCUGAACAGAAGAAUGCAGGGAAGAAAGGCAACCGUACUCCAUUUAGCCGUUCUAAAACCACGGUUGAAUCCCCAAUGGAUGUCCAGAUGGCAGAGCCAUCGCCGGUUUGCAUUGCCUCCUUGUCAUUAUCCCCGCGCCGGACCGCAGGGACAUCAGCGAAGAAUCUUUUCGCAGAUGGAGGACGUACAAAGCCUAGGUGGGACGAUGCCAUUGCUAUGUACUCCGAUGAUGAGGACGAUAUCCCUGAUCUUCCGUCGCCAACCCGCGCGAAGAUUCAGGCCGAUCCUAGCAAGCUAGCACAUCGCCCCUUGAUGCGCCAAAACACCACUGCCAUGAUGCAGAAGCUCACCACUCAACCGGAUCUUUUCCCGGUUACCAAGACAACAGCAGUUCGACCUGCUCAAACUGCCAACCCGGCUGCACCCCAAUCUACUGAUGGCCGCCAUUCUUCGGCUGAUACUAGGAACAAAUCACCCCAGCGCCGCAUUUCCAAAAUUCCUUCCUACAACAACCUUGCUCUUGAAGGCUCCCCGUCGCGAAAGACAGCCAUGAUGCCUCCACCAGCAAAAGCAGGCACUAACCCUGGCGGAGAAGAGAUGUUCAAGGCCAUAAUGCAACGCAACAUGGGCGGAAGAUCUCUCGUUGAGCUAGCCCAAGCCCGUGCUGGUGGCCGCUCCCUUGACGAGCUCAAGCGCCCUGGGGAUAGCAAAAUCCCUGCUACUGCUGCAUCUGCACCUGUAGCUGCAACCACCACCGUCGCCCAACUUGACCCUCCAGCAACCUGGGACCCAGAGAGAGACGAAAUGCCCAGCCCCUUUUUGGUUAGAAACAAGAAAGUUAUCCGCAACUUCCGAUGA